CCGCCACUGAUUUGUCGCCCACGCUGUCCACGGGACACACAUUUUGUCCAUGGACAUUGUGUCCGAGCAACACUGAAAGGAAGUGUACAGCGCAUACGAGUACACCGACUGAUCCGGCAUAGUGCAGCCCUUUCCGAGAACUCAUGGCGCCCGAAAUCCAAAAUGCCACCACACCUACAGUCAUGAUCACCGAACAACCCGUCUAAGAGAGAUGACUCGUACAAAAGGGCAACCAUUCCUCCCCUCCGACCCACGAUAACUUACCACCGUUUGAUGCAAGUUUGAUGAACAAGGCAGCCAGCGCCAGCACACACUUUGACUCCUACCACAAACUCGUUACUUCGCCUUUUUUCUCGCCUACUCUUCUGGCAUGGUUCCGAGCUUCGGUAGCAGUCUUCACGACUGCUACGCUGAUAGCUAUCCUUGUAUACGACAGCAUCGUCACCAAGGAUGCUUACAGGAACUUUUCUUUCUUCACGUUCCUCACGUACAUUGGUAUAUGCUCGUACUACUGGGCAUCAUUUGUUCAGACCUUUUGGUAUAUCAGAAGAGGCUUUGAAGGAUACCCGUUACAGAGUUGGGGGAAAACGUUGCAGAUCUUGCAUCUGGUGCUACAAAACACGGUGUUGAAUUUCCCUAUAAUUGUCACGAUUGUGUUUUGGACCAGUAUUGCCACUCCAUCUAGCGUUAACAGGCUUGAUAACCUCUUGCGAAACAUUUCUGUGCAUAUCCUAAACUCAGUAUUCUGUGUUUUCGAAAUGCUCUUGACGAACAACCCCCCGCCGCAAUGGAUCUUCCUUCCGUUUAUGAUAUUGAUAAUUGGACUCUACACGGCUUCCGCAUAUGUAACACACGCUACUCUGGGAUUCUAUCCCUAUACGUUUCUAGAUCCAGAGAAAUCCCGUUUAAGCGUAGCCGGGUAUAUAGUUGGUAUCGUUAUUGCGGAGAUUGUGAUCUUCGCUGCCACCCGGGGACUCAUGAAACUGAGGGAGAUGAUGCUCCCUGUGACGCGGACUGGCAAUUCUAGAGGUAAUUACGAGAUGAUGGAACGAGACCAAGAUUCAGUGUAGCCCUGGGCUUCUAACGAUGUUACGGACUUUUGUACUUACACAUACCUUACAUGUGUACUAGGUGUUUUAGUUAUACUGCGGCUCUUUUGCCGUUCCCCAAGCCUCGAGAUCCUUCGUUCAUGUAUGGCAAGC